AUGGAGGAGACACAUCCCCACAGACACAUCUCUCAUCUCCACAGACACAUCUCCACAGACACAUCUCCACAGACACAUCUCCACAGACACAUCUCCACAGACACAUCUCCACAGACACAUCUCCACAGACACAUCUCCACAGACACAUCCCCACAGACACAUCUCCACAGACACAUCCCCACAGACACAUCUCCACAGACACAUCUCCACAGACACAUCUCCACAGACACAUCUCCACAGACACAUCUCCACAGACACAUCUCCACAGACACAUCUCCACAGACACAUCUCCACAGACACAUCUCCACAGACACAUCUCCACAGACACAUCUCCACAGACACAUCCCCACAGACACAUCUCCACAGACACAUCCCCACAGACACAUCUCCACAGACACAUCUCCACAGACACAUCCCCACAGACACAUCCCCACAGACACAUCUCCACAGACACAUCUCCACAGACACAUCUCCACAGACACAUCUCCACAGACACAUCUCCACAGACACAUCUCCACAGACACAUCUCCACAGACACAUCCCCACAGACACAUCUCCACAGACACAUCCCCACAGACACAUCUCCACAGACACAUCUCCACAUCUCUCAUCUCCACAGACACAUCUCCACAGACACAUCUCCACAGACACAUCUCCACAGACACAUCUCCACAGACACAUCUCCACAGACACAUCUCCACAGACACAUCCCCACAGACACAUCUCCACAGACACAUCCCCACAGACACAUCUCUACAGACACAUCUCCACAGACACAUCUCCACAGACACAUCCCCACAGACACAUCUCCACAGACACAUCCCCACAGACACAUCUCCACAGACACAUCUCCACAGACACAUCUCCACAGACACAUCUCCACAGACACAUCUCCACAGACACAUCUCCACAGACACAUCUCCACAGACACAUCCCCACAGACACAUCUCCACAGACACAUCUCCACAGACACAUCUCCACAGACACAUCCCCACAGACACAUCUCCACAGACACAUCUCCACAGACACAUCCCACAGACACAUCUCCACAGACACAUCUCCACAGACACAUCUCCACAGACACAUCUCCACAGACACAUCUCCACAGACACAUCUCCACAGACACAUCCCACAGACACAUCUCCACAGACACAUCCCCACAGACACAUCUCCACAGACACAUCUCCACACUCUCUCAUCUCCACAGACACAUCUCCACAGACACAUCUCCACAGACACAUCUCCACAGACACAUCUCCACAGACACAUCUCCACAGACACAUCUCCACAGACACAUCCCACAGACACAUCUCCACAGACACAUCCCCACAGACACAUCUCCACAGACACAUCUCCACAGACACAUCUCCACAGACACAUCUCCACAGACACAUCUCCACAGACACAUCCCCACAGACACAUCUCCACAGACACAUCCCCACAGACACAUCUCCACAGACACAUCUCCACAUCUCUCAUCUCCACAGACACAUCUCCACAGACACAUCUCACGACACAUCUCCACAGACACAUCUCCACAGACACAUCUCCACAGACACAUCUCCACAGACACAUCUCCACAGACACAUCUCCACAGACACAUCUCCACAGACACAUCUCACCCAUCCACAGACACAUCUCCACGACACUUCCACAGACACAUCUCCACAGACACAUCUCCACAGACACAUCUCCACAGACACAUCUCCACAGACACAUCUCCACAGACACAUCCCCACAGACACAUCUCCACAGACACAUCCCCACAGACACAUCUCCACAGACACAUCUCCACAGACACAUCCACCACCACAUCUCAGACACAUCUCCACAGACACAUCCCACAGACACAUCUCCACAGACACAUCUCCACAGACACAUCUCCACAGACACAUCUCCACAGACACACAUCUCCACAGACACAUCUCCACAGACACAUCUCCACAGACACAUCUCCACAGACACAUCCCACAACACAGACACAUCUCCACAGACACAUCUCCACAGACACAUCUCCACAGACACAUCCCACAGACACAUCUCCACAGACACAUCUCCACAGACACAUCUCCACAGAACACUCCACAGACACAUCUCCACAGACACAUCUCCACAGACACAUCUCCACAGACACAUCUCCACAGACACAUCUCUCCAACACACCACAUCUCCACAGACACAUCUCCACAGACACAUCUCCACAGACACAUCUCCACAGACACAUCUCCCACACACAUCUCCACAGACACAUCUCCACAGACACAUCUCCACAGACACAUCUCCACAGACACAUCUCCACAGACACAUCCCACAGACACAUCUCCACAGACACAUCUCCACUCCACAGACACAUCUCCACAGACACAUCUCCACAGACACAUCUCCACAGACACAUCUCCCAGACACAUCUCCACAGACACAUCUCCACAGACACAUCUCCACAGACACAUCUCCACAGACACAUCUCCACAGACACAUCUCCACAGACACAUCUCCACAGACACAUCUCCACAGACACAUCUCCACAGACACAUCUCCACAGACACAUCUCCACAGACACAUCUCCACAGACACAUCUCCACUCACAGACACAUCUCCACAGACACAUCUCCCACACACACAUCUCCACAGACACAUCUCCACAGACACAUCUCCACAGACACAUCUCCACAGACACAUCUCCACAGACACAUCUCCACAGACACAUCUCCACAGACACAUCUCCACAGACACAUCCCACAGACACAUCUCCACAGACACAUCUCCACAGACACAUCUCCACAGACACACAUCUCCACAGACACAUCUCCACAGACACAUCUCCACAGACACAUCUCCACAGACACAUCUCCACAGACACAUCUCCACAGACACAUCUCACAGACACAUCUCCACAGACACAUCUCCACAGACACAUCUCCACAGACACAUCUCCACAGACACAUCUCCACAGACACAUCUCCACAGACACAUCUCCACAGACACAUCUCCACAGACACAUCCCCACAGACACAUCUCCCACAGACACAUCCCCACAGACACAUCUCCACAGACACAUCUCCACAGACACAUCUCCACAGACACAUCCCCACAGACACAUCCCCACAGACACAUCCCCACAGACACAUCUCCACAGACACAUCUCCACAGACACAUCUCCACAGACACAUCUCCACAGACACAUCCCCACAGACACAUCUCCACAGACACAUCUCCACAGACACAUCUCCACAGACACAUCUCCACAGACACAUCUCCACAGACACAUCUCCACAGACACAUCUCCACAGACACAUCUCCACAGACACAUCUCCACAGACACAUCUCCACAGACACAUCUCCACAGACACAUCUCCACAGACACAUCCCCACAGACACAUCUCCACAGACACAUCUCCACAGACACAUCUCCACAGACACAUCUCCACAGACACAUCUCCACAGACACAUCUCCACAGACACAUCUCCACAGACAAAAUGGACUGA